AUGACAGAGAACGGCUUCCGGAGCGGAAUGCUGACUUUGACAACAACAGCGCUUGGUGGCGGUGUACUGUCUGUAUCCUUUGUCAUGAACAUUUGCGGAGUUGGCUUGGGCUGCUUGAUGUUGAUGACGGGCGCCCUCCUCGCUUACCUUGGAAUGGAAGCCUUAAUGGACAUGAGCAUACGGACAAACUGCAACUCCUAUGCAGCACUUUUCUCUCACUGCGCCGGACCAAAAGCAGGCCCCAUCUUGGACGCAAUGCUCUUCAUAUAUGGUAAUGGUGCAUGUGUAGGAUACAUGGUCUUCAUUGGCGAUUUCGUACCCAACAUCAUAGCCUUGAUUUUCCCGGAGAGCUGGGCGCAAGACACAAAGGGCCCAACACGAACUUUUUCAAUUCUUGUGGCAGCGGUGCUGCUGGUGCCCAUGAUGCUUCCCAACGACUUGUCCAAACUGAAGUUCCUUCAGCCGGUGUCUAUCAUGUCGCUGUUGUACAUGUCCAUCGUCGUGGCCUGCAAAUGUCCAGGAAUGUUCCAAGUCAACAGAGUAGCCAAUGGACCUCUGAGAGUGGCGACCUUCUCAAUACAUUUCUUCGAGGCAUUUGCUUUGUGCGUCUUCGCCUUCAACUGCCACCUGAACGUGAUACCCAUAGCAGAUCGCUUGGUCCGCCCGACGCGAGACCGAAUGAAGAAAGUUUCAGCUCGUGUGAAUAUAUUUCAGUGCGCCUUCUACAUUCUGAUCGGCGUGACUGGCUAUUUCUCCUUUCUGGACAGAACUCGCUCUGACAUUUUGGAGAACUAUGACCCUACGGACUACUUGGUAGCUGCUGGCCGUUGCUUCCUGACCCUCACCAUGAUGGUCGCUAUUCCCGCAAAUCUGAACCCAACCGUGAAAUCCGGUGUCCAGCUUAAGGAUUACUUGGUGAAGGCUGAGCCAUCGCUGCUUGAGAGCCCAUCCAACUCUGAUGGGGAAGUUAGAGAUCAGCCUCGCUUCCGCAUAGCCGUCUCUGUUCUGUGCCUUGCUUGCCAAGCAGCACUUGCA